AUGAUCCAAGAAUGCUACAAGGACGUGACAACGAGAGUUAGGAGCAAAGUGGGUAUGAUGGCACACUUCGAAUGUAUGGAACAAUUGGCCGUAGUCAGACCAGCCUUAACUUACGGCCUAGAAGCAGCACUACUGAAGAAGUUGGACGUAACUGAGAUCAAGAUGUUGAGAUGGAUGGUUGGAGUCACAAGGAGAGAUAGAAUAAGAAACGACUCCAUCAGAGGUACAAUGGAAGUAGUGGAAAUUUCUAAGACGAUUCAGGAGGCAAGACUAAGGUGGUUUGGCCAUUUAAGGAGAAGAGCUGGAGAAUAUCACGCGGGAAGAGAAGACAUGGAAAUGGAAGGGAUGUCAGAAGUACAUAGGGGUAUAAACACAUGUACUAAGCGGUCAGGUCACGUCGAUAAUUAG